AUGCUUUUCCUGCAGAGUUCCUCUACAAACACGAUUGAAAAUGGUUUUAAAGCAAGUGACGAGCCCCUUCUUCGAAAAAACCCUCGUCGAUUUGUCAUCUUCCCUAUCCAGUACCCUGAUAUAUGGAAAAUGUACAAACAGGCACAAGCAUCCUUUUGGACAGCAGAAGAGGUUGAUUUAUCAAAGGACCUUCCUCACUGGAACAAGUUGAAAUCAGAAGAAAAAUAUUUUAUAUCACAUGUCCUGGCAUUUUUUGCAGCCAGCGAUGGAAUUGUAAAUGAAAACCUGGUGGAACGUUUUAGCCAGGAAGUGCAGAUCCCAGAAGCUCGCUGUUUCUAUGGUUUUCAGAUUCUCAUUGAAAAUGUUCACUCAGAGAUGUACAGUCUGCUAAUAGACACUUACAUCAAAGAUCCUGAGAAACGAGAGUUUUUAUUUAAUGCGAUUGAAACAAUGCCAUGUGUCAAGAAGAAAGCAGAUUGGGCUCUGAGAUGGAUAGCUGACAGAGACUCCACUUUUGGGGAGAGAGUGGUUGCCUUUGCUGCAGUGGAAGGAAUCUUCUUCUCAGGAUCUUUUGCUGCCAUAUUUUGGCUGAAGAAGAGAGGCCUGAUGCCUGGACUGACUUUCUCCAAUGAGCUCAUUAGCAGAGAUGAGGGUCUCCAUUGUGACUUUGCUUGCCUAAUGUUCCACUAUUUAGUGAACAGGCCUUCAGAAGAGAGGGUCAAGGAGAUCAUUGUUAAUGCAGUUGAAAUUGAGCAGGAAUUUUCAACAGAGGCUUUACCAGUAGGUCUGAUUGGAAUGAAUUGCACGUUGAUGAAACAAUACAUUGAAUUUGUGGCAGACCGAUUACUUGUAGAACUUGGGUUCUCAAAGUUCUUUUACGCAGAAAACCCUUUUGAUUUCAUGGAAAAUAUUUCACUAGAAGGAAAGACCAACUUCUUUGAGAAGCGAGUUUCAGAGUAUCAGCGCUUCGCUGUAAUGGCAGAGACAACAGACAAUGUGUUCACUUUGGAUGCAGAUUUUUAAUAUCUCUUCAGGGAGAGCAUCUGAACAAACUGACAGUGACUUUGCUUCCCUGUCCCCAUCUCAUUUCUUGUGAUGAUUUCGGUAUUUCUUAUCCCUAAGUUGGCAUUGAGUCUUCUGGAAUGGUUUUGUUUCCUGCCUGUAUAAAGUUUAUAAAUUUACAUUUGAACACACUGUAAUUUCCUGAGCAGCAUGUGUAUAAUCUGUAGAGUAAAUGUAUUUUCUUUUUUUCAUGAAAUGUCCUUUUUAAAACUUACCUAGCUUUUUAAAGAGAUGCUCUUUCUAAGGAGCCUGCUUGAUUCCUGGGUAAAAAACUGAACAACCUUUCAAUUUUUCAAAAAUUGACAACCUUUUUUGAGGGGCUGCAGAAGUGCUUUACAAGAAUAGCUAAACAAAAACAGGGAUGCAGCUUACUAUGCUUCACAUUACAGUUUUAAUCUUAAACCCAAUGAGGUAAUACCCCAUUUUAAUAUGCUCCAUUUUGAUGAGUGUUUUAAAAAUGUAAACUAUGAAUCUAGAUUAGUAGUUCUUCCUGCUGUUUUGCUUCAAAAUAAUUUAAUCAAUGAAAGAUUUUGGGAAGAGGUAUGUGUUUAGUGGGUUACGAAAUAUGAUCUUCGGUAAGAAAAUUUAUUUAAUUUCCUCAUUAACUUGGGAUCUAGGUUAAAAGAGCUUUCUGACUUGAGGUGGAAACCUGGUCUACCCAUGGUAACAAUAAGCAUUCUGGGACACAUAGCUUUCAGAUAAGACAUAUUUUGAAGAUGAUGUAAAUUGGGUGGCUUGGUAAGUAAGUAAAAAGACAGUGGGGAAGAAUGUAUGCUCCAGUGUUAAAAUGUUAACCUAUUUCUGUGUUCAGUGCAAAUGCUGCUACUCGUUUGAGUGCUUUAAGAGUAAGCAGACUUACAGUGGCAGUAAUCGUUGAUUGUUUUGGGGUGAUAACCAACAUCAGAAUUGGAAGUACUGAAUCCGCCUCUUCUUUGUUGUGUUGCUCUGCUGGGUAUUCAGUUUUCUUCUGUAAUGUUUUAUAACAUUACUGGGCAUGGCAUGUCUUUUGGGUUUUUGACCCUUGACCUACCACAGAAAUAAUACUUUAACCCUUCCUAUAGAUACCUCCGAUGUUGUGCUGGUAGGUAUCUUCAGAAUAACUUGUUUAGGUGAAACAUUGAAACAACAGAAUUUUCAGUAUAUAGGUGGGGAAAAAAAAAGGAUACUUUCGACUAUCAGUCCCUGUCCAGCGACUGCUGCAUAAGCACUGCUGGUGAUCUGUAGUAUAAUGUAGUAUGUAUGUAUGUGUGUAUAUGUAUAUAUGCUUGUCUGUAUAUUUUAGUUGUUUAUAUUAAAGAUAAUUACUUAUUCAAUAUAAGAGAAAACUGAAGGAUAACUUUGAAAUGUCACUUUGUAAUAUUUGAUGUGGAAGAAAUAACAGCAAUAAUUUAAUUUCACUCCAUGGAUUUAGCUUUUUGGUGGACUUUUGUGUUCACUCUUUUGCAAAUACAUGGCUUCAUUUUCCUGAGGGGUGCUCUAUUUUGGAGAAUAAAAUAUAAGAGCAGUUCGUUUA